AUGGCAUCUCAAGCAUCGGGAGAAGCCUGUGGCAAUUCAGGCUCCAUCAAACACUGGCAAGCUCUACGAAGAGCAUACUCAUCAGGCGCGUUGAAUCCCAAUAGACCACAAGGCGAUGUACACGAGAUAUCGUCCAAGAUUCAGUGGCCCAACCGUGGAGACUAUUACCACUUCCUCGAGUGCUUGAAACGUGCCGAUGAGAAAAGGCGUAAUACCAAACCGUCUGUGGCCUACUGUCAGUUAUCUCAACUUGUUGUCGACCGACAGUACGGUAGUUUUUCCUUGCGCCACUGCAUCCCAGUACCAGACGUGCUUGCUGGAUCGAACUGGACAGACACCACCGCCGAGAAGCAAAAGCGCUACUACUGUUACCUGCGACCAGCAGUUCCCACGACAGAAACUAGGUAUAGGAGUGGCGGAAAGCAUCUCCAGUUUGACUUGUUUUGCACAAUCUUCUACUCAGAUGAAUAUCAAUCAGCUAAACAGAAGCCUGGCGCUGAUCGUCUUGUACGAGAUCUUCGUAAUGAGGCGAUCAAGAGAUCGCAAUUGGAGAACAUCAGUUCCCGCUCUAUCAGUGCAUUGCUCUUGAGGCACUUUGGAAACGGCAUCUGCCUAGGAAAGUACUCUUCGGCUGGAGGAUGGAUGCCGCUGCCCUUAAAGAUACAUGUUCAGGUGGCGCCGGGGUCGUGGAAGCAGUGUUUGUUCAUAGUCUUCGGCGAUGAAAGUUUCUUCUUCUAUCCCGUGGAUGUCCCAGAGCUCAGAGAGGCCAUUGUCAAUGCUUGGGGUAUUCGGCCUGUUUCACCUGUCUCACAGCACCUGACAGGUGUAUCCGGGACGAAAAAUCAGCCCUCUCGGAGCGAAAGUCCGCGAAAAGAACGAGAGACUGUGGAGACGAAGGCAUUGUCAACGCAGCGACAAGGCGAUCAUCGAGGCAGGAGACAACGACAUUCGCGCUGGGCCCUACGGGGUCCUCAUGCAGGUGCGGCUGGGGCACGCAAUCUCAACGCGCCAUCUCAGCAGGUUGAGACAAGCGUGCAGGCUUCGCGUACGUCACCCGAUGAUGCAGUUGUCUCGAAUCCGGCUCUUCCUAUCCGUGGGCGAACUAGAAGGCGACUGCGGAGGCUUGAUGGCUCUAGAAUACUUCUUCCUUCUCAGGUCAGUACAUCAGCCCCUCCCUCGGGCGGGCGGAGCGGUAUCGAGUCAUUUCAGAGUGAAGAAAUGGAUCCCAUGUCAUCAAGGGCCUUCAGACAUGUAACCACGGAUGUGAGCGUUGAAUCGGACCAGGUUCAUAUGUUUAUCGAUCCUAUACCUGUGACCAUCAGCCAACGCUACGUCCAGAAGCCAACUACAGAGAUAACAGACACUGAAGCCACUCAUGACCAUGAUUUGCCCCCGCAUUCUACUGCCGGCUCAAUCUUAGUACCUGUAUUGAGGCUUUCGAGUCACAAUGCGAAAAACACUGGCAAGCUAUCAUCACAGCCCAGGACUGGCAAGGUCUACGUCCUAAUGUCGUUUCAGACACCUCGAAAGAACUUGGUUCAUAAAGGAUUAGAGAUGGCCGUGGCGGUCAUCGAAGAUCGAAACGGCUUGAUUGGGUCGCAUAUGAUCGAAGAAUCGUUUGAUCAGUGGGUCAAAGUUCGUCCGGUGCAGAACCUCCACAGAGCUUUGUUGGAUGCCGACCAUGAAGCCUUCCGCCUUGGGUGGGCCCAGAACAAUGACACUCGGCCUUUGGGUGAAAGUGCUAUUUCCGACUCGAGCUACUGGUAUAAGUUUUCUCGCUUUGUCAUGAUCUCUACUAGCUCACGGAGCUUGCCAUACUCGCAUGGGUAUGGCACUGUGAACAACAACCCGAUUGUCUACGUGCGGACGGACCAUGAGGCGAUACUCGACGUGGACAGUAUUACAGCCACCUCCCCAUACCCACGCUCUCGAGCGACCUGGUCUGACGAAGUGGCAGACGGUUCAGCCCCGGAAUGUAUGUGUGGAUCCAUGAGAGUUGGAGGAAUGCAACAUAAUGUCGAAAAUUGCAAGCUCAUCAUAAAAAGGGAGCCAGGACCUUGGGAAAAGAAUCCUGCGCCAGAAGGUCUCCAAGAAGCAGUAUACGCAGAGACUAAAGCAUCGACGUUUCUUACAGAAAAAUCACCCGUCAACUCUCGGCAUGGGUAUAUCAACAUCAAAUCUCACAGAUUUGCCGCCGACACAAUUCUAAUGGCAAGCAAGCAAGUGGGCUUCUGGAGACACAACCAAGGACCUGGAGCUCGCAUUUCGCUCACUUGUCAUCCUCCACGAGAAUCGUCUUUUCAAGGGUUCAUCGAUCUUCGUUUAGGUGACCGACCUCUGAGAAGAGUGGCUUAUCCUUUCGAUUUCAGUCAUUUACAUCUGGUGGAUUCCAAAACAUUGGAUCUACAACUGAAAAAUCCGAAACUGUGGUCUGAGCGGAAACUUGAAGAUUUUAUACUACCUUUCCAGACCCCAGACAAGGAGAUAGCUUCUAUCCUUGAUCUAGAUGAUCAUGGGAAUUGCUCAUCCCAGAAGGCUGACGAAAUUUACCUACUCUUUACUUCGCCUCCGUUUUAUUGGGAUACGCAUGUGGUGGGAUCGCUUUUGCAUCUUGCCAGUCUCUGGGCUUUGCGGGAUACAGUCAAGCUCUUACUUAGCAGGGGAUAUGAUCCUAAUGCUCAGACCUCGACUGAGAGUCUCGCCACCCCACUUCUCUGCGCUACGGCUGCGGAACAACCACAAAUCAUCCAGGAUCUCCUCGCGGCAGGAGCACAUCCAAAUCCUCUUCGGCGGCCGGGAUAUUGGGGAUCGUGCUCGAUACCAAGCGUGUUCCAUCUACUAGUAGACUGGGAAAGUCAAAGCGCAGCAAUCCAGAUUGCUUGGAGCGUCCUCCGAGCGGGAGGUGACAUCAACUGGAAAUAUCAAGAGUCCGAACCCAAAGCAUUCUCCCUCACACCUCUGCGGUACGCGAUUUCAGAAGGAAAAGCAGAGCUUGUGGAAGCAUUUCUUGACAUGGGCGCGCACUUUGCGACUACCACAGUCUGGAGUCCGGGCCAGCGACGAGUUUGCCUCUUGGAGACACCCUCUACUAAUGUCAGAAUCUUGGAAUCAUACUUCAGAUACAUUCAACGCCAUGACUACGAUUUACCUUCAGACUUCUCCGCGACACCAUUAGGUUUGCUGCUGGUCGAAAACGAUGGGUCUGAUAGAAGAAGCCGAAGAGGGUUUGACGAUCCCACUGAGGCUAUCUUCGCUUUUGAAAGUCUUCUGAAAUUGCAGCCCGGCUAUGAAGGAGAAGCCCUGGCAGCUAUUGUUCGGCAUGACCAUCUAUACCUUGCUGAGCAUGUGUUGCACAACAAAUUGCGGGCCGUGGAAUCGCGAUGGAAAGGGCUGAGCUUGCUUCAUAUUGCCGUCCUCUACGGAAGACCCAAAAUGUGCUCACUCCUUCUGGGGCAUGGUGCCAACGCGACUGCGGUCACAACCAAGCGGCAGCUCACUUGUCUACACCUUUUGGCAAUGUUCCCGCGGAAUCCAAAGGCCGACGAGGCGAUUCUGUCCUCAUUGCUUCCGAUGGGUAUCCCGAUCAAUGCCAAAGAAACUGUCGAUGAUCUGACGGCCUUCCACAUGGCUGUCCGAAACCAGAAGACACAUCUCCUCUCACCUUUCAUUCAAGCCGGGGCAAACAUCAUGCUGCCCGUGUACGACAGACUUGGAAUUCUCGCCGAGGGGCGUUACGGUAGUUUAAAGACCGUUUCUAAUCGACCUCAGUGUGUCCUCGACGAUAUCCACAUCACCGGCGAAGUGCUCUGGCAGUUUGUCCAGGACUCAGCCUACCCUUUGGAAUUCGUGAUCGUGCUCCUCGAAAUUAUCCUGCCUUCCACUGCAGGUGAUAGCAUAUUCUAUUUUGACUCCAAACGGACGGUCUCGCUCCUUCACGUCAUCGCCACGGUUCGUGAUAAGUCAGUGUUUGACAAGCUAUUCAAAGCGGUCAGAGAUCACUUUUCAGACAAUUCAUACAUCCAUGUCCCAGAUUCCCAUGGCGAUUCUCCUUUACACUAUGCUGCUGCUGUGCACAAGAUCCAUAACAUCCGCACCUUAGUGUCAACCGGUGCUGACAUUUCUGCAAUGAACAAGCUGGGACUUGCUCCCCAUGAAUUAGCUGCUUGGUCUGCAUUGUACUUAAGUGGCCGGUACAUGAAGCUUACUCAUGCCGGUGAAACACCUGUGGUGACGCAGGACCAUUCGUGGGACCAGCCUGGACAGACCUACGGCCAUGGGAGAAAUUUCCGGGAGGUCCGUACCGAACUGAAAGCGGUGCUGAACUUUUUCAAGAAGCGCGGGCGUGAAGUUUCUCCCCCACUGGAACGGCUGGUCCUUGCCUGGAACGGAGCGGACAUGCCAAAGGGCCACCAGACUUUCUCUCGGCAAGGCGUUGGCAAGCUUGCGCUGCAUCUAGUGCCGAUCGACGCGGUGGAUCUCAAGGUUAUCGGAGUCGAUGGCCUUGAAAUGGGCGGCAUUGCUGCCAAUGACGAAGGCAAUGGAAAAAGUGAUGGAGCCAAAGGCACAAUUAAAACUUUUUACGACAUGUCUAUGUCGAUCUCAACUGGCGAUGACCAAUUUUGGGGAUCUCGGGAACGAAACGAAUCAGAAUUUGAGGACGAGAGCGGUGGCGAAGACGACGAGGAUCAGGAAGCCCAGAGCAGUGAUAACAGGGACGACUACGAGUCAACCGAAGCAGAAAUCGAGGAUGAUGAAGAACCAGGGCCAUCCAAGUGGCCGCAACAUGGCUAUCUGGAGCUGACGCCUGAGCAACAGACAUACCUUGAUAGCUUCUUCGUGGAUGACACGCCACUGGCUGUGUUGAUGGGAAGAGGGCGCGCGAAGAGUUUUAGUCUUUGA